CUCCCGUGCGUAAGUGCGCACAGACAGAGGAGUGAAGUGAUGCACUCCCGAAAACGCAAAAUCUGAGCCUGAUAAAAAAGACAAAAACCUUUUGGGAAAGGCGUCUAAAUGCGCACUCGCUGGAGAGGAGUUCAGUUAAGUCAAGUUUAAUCCACAUAGGGUUUUUUGUUUUGUUUGUUCUUUUUAUUCCGCGCGUUUGUUUGUGGAUAAAGAUACGCGAGCAAAGAUGUUCAUCAGCGCGGAUAUUUCUGGACUUUUCGGCAUAUCAUGACCGUGCGCCCUGUCCCCUCUCUUCAGGUCUUUUCGUUUCCGCGCGAAGUUGAACGGAGGAGAGAGCACAAUGAGAGGGAAACACUUUCUCCCCUUCUUCUUGUUGCUCAAACUUAUGGCUCUCGUUUGCAAGGCUGGCGGGAUUCCAGGAGCGCUCGGGGGAUUCGUAAUGAUCGCCACCUCGAACGGCUCCACGCCGGAGGAGAGCGUGUCCGAGCAGACCCCGCACACGGAGGAAAAGUGUCGGGGUUACUACGACGUGAUGGGCCAGUAUGACCCGCCGUUCAUCUGCAAAACGGGCGUGUAUUUGUACUGCUGCGGUACCUGUGGCUUCCGCUUCUGCUGCUCCAUCAAGGAGUCGCGGCUCGACCAGGAAACCUGUACAAAUUAUGACACUCCGAUGUGGAUGAAGAGCGGGCAGACACCCUACAAGAAAACGAACAAGCCUCACGACAGCACCAAAGACAAGACGAACUUAAUAGUUUACGUCAUUUGUGGAGUAGUGGCGAUUAUGGCUCUUGUGGGGAUUUUCACCAAGCUGGGGCUGGAAAAGGCGCACCGACCCCAGAGAGAGAAUAUGUAUAGGGCCGUCGCCAAUGUGCUGCAGGGCGGGUGUCCAGGUGAGCAGUAUCGCGGGGAAGAGGCCCUAGGGAUGCAUUCGCAGCACUAUGUCGCCAGGGCCACAAACAUCCAGGGUGGCCAGAUUAACAACAACGUGGGACCGGCUUCAAACAUGGGCCAGCAGCACCCUUACCCUGCCCUCGGCCAGCUGUCUCACGUCUAUGAGCAGCAGCAGCAACAGCAACAGCUCCACCAACAGCAGCAGCAGCAACAGCAGAACAAGGAUCUCAACAAAUACGCCUCUCUGAAGGCUGUAGCUGCCAAGUACAACGGCGAACUGUACAACAAGCGUCGCCUGAUGGUAGAGAUGCCAGCAAAAGGACUUCCUCUGCAGCCCAUGGGCAACUCCCGACCGUCCAUGGCGUCCAUGGGCAACAUGUCAUCAGUGACUCCUCAGAUGACCACCAACCCCAUGGCUUCAAACCCUAUGAGCGCCAACCCUAUUAACCCCAUCAUGACCCCAAUGACUUCAAUGACACCCAUGACCUCACUCACCCCAAUGACUUCUAUGACUCCUAUGACUUCCCUCACCCCUAUGACCUCCAUGACUCCUAUGACUUCUUUGGGUCCACUGACUCCAGAGCCAGUGGCCACUUAUGUCACCGAGAUGCCCAGCAUCUCCUCUGUCUCAACCCUGCCGACAGAACGGCACAUAGCCGCUGGAGGAGGAGGGGGACACAAGCCAAACGGCCAGAAACCCAAAGUCAGCCAUGGUCACACUGCCCACAGCUCUCACAGCUCUCACAGCUCUCACACUCAUCUUCACAGCCACAGUAGCAAGCCACCAGGACUUGGGGCUACCUCCCUGGCACACAUGGCGGGGACCAUGCCAGGUGGCACAUCCCUGGGCAUCUCCAGGGCUGCUGAGACUGUCAUUGGCCACGGCUCAGCUACAAUGGGCCGCCCACUGGCGUACAGUUCCAACACAAUUGCGUCCUCACAUGCGAUGGGGCUGGGGCUGAAGGGCUGGGACGGGACUGAGACGGUGGGCCGGAGGAAGACCUACGGGCACAAGAGGCCUCAGUGUACCAUCCUGGAACCGAACCAGCUCCACAGCACUAGAGGCCACAGCCACAGCCAACACUUCCUCCCCACACAGCCCUACUUUGUGACCAACAGCAAGACAGAGGUGACAGUGUGAGAGAGAAAGACAAGAAGAAAUAAAAAGAGAGGAACAGGAUGCAUGUGGAGUGGUGACACGAGUAAUCUCUGAGUGGAGAUACAGUACCAGCUCUUGAGAUGUUCAAACGUGCAGAUCUUCACGUGUGUUUGUGUGUAGAAGUCGAGGGUCGUUGGUUUACUGUGUCCGAGUGGUCCUUGUUUCACAAACAAAGUUCACGACGAAAUCUCUCUAAAAGACCUUUGCUGUCAAAAGGACGGCCCCCGAGUAGGUGGCAUCUGUAACCAUACUAACAAAGAGUCUACAGAGCAGGGAUGUCUUUACACUUGUGGUGAUAUUAGAAUGUUGUCUCACAGCUAAUAUCUACUCCAUAAUGAUACCGAUAUUGGAGAAUUACAGUGCGACUGCUCUCAGAUGGGAAACUGCUGAUAAAAAAAAUGGAUUGGUUUAACAAACCAAACCUGAGAAGCAAUAUAAGGGAUCAGCUGUAGGCACUGAAGCAUCAUGGGUAAUGAGAAAUACGGCAAUUACCCAUAAACCUCUUGACAAGAGGUAUGCUCAUCUGUCCAGCAAAGUACUGAAGGGUUUGGAAGAAAAAACACUUCCUCGUGAUUCACACCCAAAUCUCCCGAGGGCUUUACAGCAGACACACACGAUGAGGGCCCUGGGCUUUGGACUGCAGACAUGAGGGCUUUGUACUGUGGCUUUUCAUACGCACCUCCUUGAGCUGUGCGGCUGAAGGUCUCCCUUUUCCACAAGAAACUCCAGCACAGAGAGCGGAGGCUGUGGCACUGGUUUUAUUUUGUUCUGAUCUCGUCUGUGUGAUGACAGCUGACCCAGGGGAGGGAUAGGGAGGCCGGGAUGAAGCAUCUGCACGAUGCAAAUGCACACAUUCAGAAAUACACAGACACAUUUUCUCACGCAGAGUUACCACACAGUAGGGUUUUUAAUUAUUGAUGCCAGUGGAUUUAACUGGCAUCAAAAUUAAAUAUGUUUGAAAAUGCUCUUUUACGUGACAUUUUUGACUUUUAGUAAUGGCAGCUACAUCAAAAAGACCAAUCUAAUCCAUGCACAGACAGGAAACAUCUUCAAGUUUUCAAAAAACAUUAAAUUGCACAUUUAAAAAACAUUUUAGACAACAUGCUAUGUGGUAUAUGAGAAGACUGAUGCCACCUCUACAUGUCUGUGUGUUAAAUUUAAUGCUAGAGGCAGCAGAUAAUUAACCUAGCCUAAAUAAAUAAAUAAAUAUAUGGAAUGAAUGUUAGAAACAGGAGGGGGAACCAUUAGCCCAGUUCUGUGCAAUCGAACAAUAAUGGAAUUGCCUUCAGGGACCUCAAAACAUCACUAAUUAAGAUGUUACAUCUACUUUAUUUAUUCUGGAAAAAAAGAAACCUAAGAGUAAAAAGGACAUCCUGUGGUUUUAAGUGGGGGGGUAUGUGUCAGACUAACUGUGAAGUAACUUCACACUAGGUUGCCAGGCAACAAACUGUUGAACUAUUCCUCUAAAAGAAUUAAUAAAUAGUGCAAAAAAAAAAAAAAAAACCCAACCGUGUUCUAAUGUAGCCGUGGUGAGGAUGAUCACGCUGGAAGCGGACAAAAUGACUAAUUUAAUUUAGACUUUGUGUGUUUGUUCCUUUUUCUGAGUGUGCAAAGAUGAGACAUGCCCAGACAUUUUUACAAAGUGGACCAAAUGUAAGAGUUUUGACCUCUCAUCGUGUUAGAGUUUACAGAGCUCUGGGAUUUAAAAAGUCCUAAAACUGCCACAAAAGGAGCGCAAAGAACAAACACCUUGCUGUCGCCCGCGAGGCACUGCCACGAGAAGCUAGUCUCGAUCAGAUCACUAACUGUACUCAAGCUCCAGCUGAAAAAAAGAAACCCGGCACAACCAGCUGUAAGAAUCUAUCUGGGUUACAUGACUCAAACAUAAAAAUAAAUCCCCUUAAAUCUGGCAAAUAGGCCAAAUCUUCUAAGGGUUUCUCAAAGCCUAUUUGCUUGUUUUUUUCAUGUAAGAUAUAUUAGCAGCAGCAGCCACUGUUAUCAUGUAAAUCUUGUCUUCUAAAGUGCUUCAUCCACCUCUAUUAAUUCAGCGAAUUAAGAUGCUUUUUAAGUGAUCAGACUGCACUAAAAAUGAGAAGCAUUUGGCAGAAGCGUAAACACAGUUGACAGCAGACAGCAUCCCACUAACAAAGACAGAUUGUGAGGGCAUUUUUGGAUAGAGAACAAGCAAGAAAAAAAACGGGGGGUGUUUAAAGUAGGAAAACCUGAGAGGGAGAGGGCCACGUGACAAUCUUGUGAGAGUAAAGGAUAUGAAUAUCAGCGUAUACCUGAGACAGUUUUUUGCCGGCAUCAGCUGCACUGCAAGCAGUUUGGGCACGUUAUGGAUGGAGGUGUAAAAGGAGAACCUAAUACUACAGUAAUACUGCAGGUUCUAAGUCAGACGCGAGAAGAAACACCUAGGCCAGCUGAGCGCAUAGAUAAGGGGCUCUAUGAGAGGGGAUAUUUUUCCCCUCAUGCUGUGGAGCCCCCUGCUGCAUUCACGAUCACGUGACCGUAACCCGAGGCCAGAUUGAAGGCAUGGAACAGGAUUUAAUAAGUCAUCAGAGCAUUAAAAUGUGUCACCUAUACACUUAACACACGCGCACACACACACACGUGCACACGCAUGUCGCGAACACAUUACAGGGUGGACUCUGCUUUCCUUGUGUUCCCACAGUGCCGAGCGGCAGGUGUCAUCACAGCAGAGAGACCAAGAGUCGGUACUGUUACUGCGCCUGUUGUACAUGAAAGACUGUGAAACUCCAGACCUUGGCCCUUUGUAGCGAUAACUGAUAUUAUGCUUUUUAUAUAUAAAUAUAUAUAUAUAUAUACAUAUAAAUUUACAUAGCCUUUCUCUCUUAAUCUAUUUCUUUUCAUCCUUUCCUCUUCUACAGUUUUUCCCCCUCCUUUUAUCCUUUUCUCUGUCAGUCUAAGGGGAAAGACCUUCAGAGUAAAUAUGUGAGAGAAAACAAAAAUGGGGCUGCGAUGAAUCUUUUCUGUAACAGCGUAGUUCAGGCACAGUAAAACAGCGAGUCAUAUUAAGUCACCUUACCUUGAUAAACGUGAUUGGUUUCCCCGUGCACACAGUUCUUGCAGCAACUCCAAGUAAUCGAGUCUGCGAUUCCAGAAAAAAGUUAUUUUGUACAACUGCGUGUCCUGUUGAACACUGCACACAUUUCACUGUUCACAAAGUGUGUGUGUGUGUGUGUGUGUGUGUGUGUGUGUGUGUGUGUGUGUGUGUGUGUGUGUGUGUGUGUGUGUGUGUGUACAUCCAACCCUGGCGGAUGAUUUUGUGAUUAUUGUCUUUGAAGGAGUCAAAUUCAAACAAAGUCAUAUUUAAAAGGGAUUCAUAAGAAUACAAAUAUAUAUAUUUGUGUUUGGUGAUGCUAUGCAGGAUCCCCCCCCCCCCCCCUUUAUAUGUUCCUGUUUCCUGGCAGAUUGUGUGGUUUAGGACAGAGUUGAGAAACAGGUCAGUGUUUGCUGGACGUGCAUUAUCAGACCCAAUUGGCUUAAUCCAGCAAGGCAGAAAUGUGGAAAUGUGAACCCUCCAUGCAACCUCUUGCUGGCAAAUCUCUGAAAGCUCAUCCAGCUCUGCGAAAGCAGCCAGCGGAACAAUUCGUAGGACGGUGGAAACAGUUGGCAAACAAAAAAGCAACCAACAAACCCCCCACCUCCCCCAUUGCUCAUUGUAACAGCCAAAUAAACCUGAUAGAAAGCAGGGAAUUUGUUUGAGCUGGCUGUGUCAUGGUUGAUAGGGUCAGGGCCACAGAUGAGUGGGUUCAGGAGGCAGUCAUGUCUGACAUUCCUCAUCAGACGAGUCAGCCAGACAAAAAAAUGCCAGAGCAGAAGGACACAGGUAGUCUGCAGGCUUAAAAAAGAGUUCAUUUAUUAGUGCAAUUUUUUUUUACAGUCAGUACUGACUUAACAUACUGCAAUAAUCUAUACUGUAUUAAAACUGCUGCAUAGGGAAAAGUAAUUCAGUGCAAAGUGUGGAAGUUUUCAUUAACUUGUGGGUUGAUGGUGCUGACCAACAGAAAGCUGCACAGUACAUCUUUUGCAUGAGAGUUGUACUCUCGUUUCAAAUUCUAAUCCUAAUAGGAAAUUGUACAAAGGUAUUUCAGAGUAAAUAUUUUAUACUUUGUCUUUGUAGUAUUUCAAAUUAAAUGUAGUUUUCAAAUUAUGUGUAAAUCAUUUUAUUCGGCUUUUAUUUACCUCUCAUGCAGCUUCCCAAUAUUUUUGGAAACUGGGUUGUAGCUUAUUAGCUGUGUUCACAAAGUCUGCCACAGUUUAAAGGUUUCUCUUUACUGUUUUUUUUUUCUUCUCACUGGUUGGAUGGAAAUUAAAUGAAGAGUGGAGGCGCAAUUGAUCUAAUUAUAGUAAUCAGACCUAAGUUAGAGGGUGCAGUGGUUCACCGGUACAUUGGUCAGCAGCAGAGGUGUGAGCAGGCAGCAGUCUAUUGGAGCGUUUACUCUGAGGUUAUACUGCAGCAAUGCUUGUGCUGUAGAUUCAUUAAUUACCUUAUUAGUAGAUGCAAUAGGUCAACCGAUUUUAGACCUGCAAUAUAUAAUUUCCAGUGAGGUGUAUCUGGCUAGUCACUUUAAUCAAACUAAAUUCUGGUGUUGGCAACUGCAUUUGCUGCAUUUGCUUUAGACCUGCAAAUUUUCGCUGGUCUUGAUAGACUGCCAUUGUUAAAGUAAACUACCUGUGUCAUCUGCUUUUUAUUAAUUAAUGCAUUGUUAGCAUUUUACCCAGCCUGCCCUGUAGGCCUGGCCCAAAGUUGUGCAGUGUGACAUCAUUGCUGCAUUAAACAAAUUUAUUGAUGAACUGACAGUAAACAGCAGCGAGCAAUGAUCACAAGAACUAAUAUUGAUAAACAAUCUCCAACCCCUCACGCCCAAUUGGUCACAGCAGAUGGCUGCCCCUCCCCGAGCCUGGAUUUGCCAGAUGUUUCUUCCUGUUUGAGGGGAGUUUUUCCUUCCCACUGUCACCAAGUAGUUGUUCAUAGAGGGGUCAUCGGAUUGUUGCGGUUUUCUCUUUGUUAUUGUAGGGUCUUUACCUUACAGUAUAAAGCACAUUGAGUGGACUGUUGUUGUGAUUUGGCCCUAUCUAAAUAAAAUAAAAAUGAAUUGAAUUGAUGCUAUCGUGUUGAAAGGGGCUAAAGGAAGAGCUGACAGGCAAGCAAAGAAUAACUUACCCACUUACAAAAUAACCUAGAAAAGUACUAGCAGCCACAAACUGAGUAUUGUAAGAGCUUGGGCCACACAUGCGUCACUGAAGGACAAAAGGAGGUGAAUGCGUCUGGGAUAUAAAAAUUGGGGAUUAAAGCCCUCCCUCCCCUCUCUUGUUUUUGGAGUUACCUUAAUAACAAGUUCUCCUGUUCAGCAGAGCAACGAGAGUUUUAGAUAGAAGCGCUCAGCAAAAUAUCUACAAAGGGUAUUCAGUAAGAGACAGAAGAGGAGCUGCACUGGGGCCUGUGGCCAGGGGGCUUUAUUAGUUCUCACUGUGGUCUUUAAUCACCAAAACCCGAAGAAAUGUGGGAAAGAGCUUUGAUGCUGCAACAGGGACUCCACAGUCCACAGAGGCGCACAAAGACAGAAGAGGGAAAUUAAUGUCAAUAGUUGGGAGAAGCUUUGAAUUAUUGAUACAGUAAAAAUGGUGGUGCAUGGCGCAUGAGUGCUAACAGCUGUGAAUCAAAGACAAUUUGUUGGAUCUCACACACACACAAACACACAUACAUAUACACAUAUACACAAACUCUUCUUUCUAGUGUUUUGCGUUGCUCAAAUUAUUGAUUAUUACUGCAGCACAUGCAGCUCGAUAGAUUCUCGCAUCAAAAUCGGCUAUGUGCACUGGAACAUUGUGUUAGCUCCUUUGGGCUUUAUUUUUACACUGUGUCCUAUUUAAGCUGAAGAUGUGAAGCAUGGAUUGUUCUUGAUGUCAGUCUAAAUCAGGAAAACGCAGCUGUCUGUAUAUAUUAAUUUCUUAGUGGCACAGUAGUAAAGAAAGACCGCCCCAACCCCACCCUUUAAUUAGAACAGAUAAAAACGCGACGUGCUCAUUUCGCCGAAGAAAAGACAGAGCAGGGUCGUCAAGACUGCAAAAUGGGAUAUGUACAGUUCAUCAGAAUGACACAAAAGGGCUCAAACACAAGAUACGUUUUUCUCCACUCUUUAAUUUCUCUGCUCUUUACUGUUGCUAUUUGCUGGGCUUAGUAGUGUUGUAAACAUGACAGCUAAUGGAAAAGCAGCAUCUUUGUGACCAUACAUCCCGAGAUUACCGUGUUAUCAAAGACGGUUCUCGUCAACUAUGUUUACAACUUUGUAUAGCGUCAAUCCUUAUGUGCAGUGUUUUCUCCACCUGGAGCUAUCUACUUAUGCACAGAAGCAGAGGAGAUGCGGUGUUUGUUGUCCAGUAACGCUCAACAUUUGUUUUAAAGUGGACCAAUUACGCUAUUCCUUAUUUUAUGUCAUGUAUAUACAAUUAUCAUAUUAAACCGGGGCCACGUAUCAAUUAAUGAGGACAGCAUAUGUGAAAGUAAUCCCCGUAAGCCAGCUUUGUUUUUUGUUCUGUAUGAUGUCAAGGAAAUCAAAUAUCUAGGGCUUACUGAGGGCAGAGAAGCCCCUCCCACCUACUGUUGUUCUUUUAUUUGGGAGGGACAGCCAAUCAGAAGAAAGUUAGCUUAUAAGGGAGGCUGGCCUUAAAGAGACAGGCGCUAAAAAGGCUUGUUUCAAACAGUAGAUAAACUGGGGGCUCGUGUAUUAGCUGAGAAUCAGAUAUGUAUUGAUUAUUUGAGCUGUGAAUCAGGCUACUCUAGUGAAGUCCAAGAAUAAAUACAUGGAGCCUGAAAUGAGCACAGCAGACCCCCUUUUCUAUGGUUUGCAACUAUGGUGGAUUUCAUAUGUAGGGUUUUUAUCAGAAGGUAAUUUUAAAUAUAAUCUAAUUGCUAUUAGGAUUCAAAGAAAUACUUCAGUGACAGUGCAUUUAAAUGUAAUCUGCAUAGUGACUUCUGCUAGGGCCCAAAGUUAAAGGGUUUUCCAUCAGUUUUGAAGAUUCAACAAGCUAUUUGCAGUAAAACUAUGAUCCAUUAGUAUAUCCUUUUAUAGAAUAAGUCACUGAUUAACUCAUUUUAGUGUUAAUCAAGCAGUACAUACAAAGUUACUUAUAGGAGGUCCGGUUUUCUAUUUUUGAUGUCCAGACCAGUUUGUUGUACUUAUGCAUAUGUGUUUAUGGAUAAGUAGGGCCCCAACACUGCAUUUAUGCGUAACGAGUAAAGCAUAUUUUUUAAUGGUAGAGCCUCCAUCUCCCACUAUUGUUUGCAGAGUAGCUUAUAAUAUGCACCGUGAUGCCCCAUUGUCCUUUUACUGUUUACUGACUUUAUAAUUUGUGGAAUUAAGUUAUGAAGAAGCUGUAUUUUGGUACUAUUCAGAUAUUGUUAAGAAAAAAAAGAGAAAUAUAGCAGAUGUAUUGUCCAAGAAAUAUAUUACCAUAGUGUUGCUAUGACUGUCUAUUUUUCCUUUUUUUUUCGCGGGGGGAGGGGUUGAUAGGGAUAUUUUUGUUCUUCUUUUGUUGUUGAUUUGCCAUCUGACAGUACAGUAUAUCACCAUUGUUCUAUA